AUGGACGACGACCGGCCAACAGCCUACGACGGCUCCGAUGGAUCGCGGGCUAGCACAUUGGAAAGGAGCUCUUCUUUGUCGGACAGCCGGAGAGAUUCCCGCCAAGCGUCGUCAUUUACCGCCAUCAACGCCGCCGCAUUCCACCAGCAAGCCGGUCACGAAGGCUAUGCCGGAGGCAUUUCACAUCACUCACCAACUCAGGGCUUCCCGCCAACUCCCGGCUCCCUAUCAAACGAGGCUGCGAUGGCUAAUGUCAAUGCCGAGACAGUCAGCAUCGAUUCAUAUGUGCAGCAGAACCAGGGUCAGCGAUUCGGCACUAUGCUUGAGGACAUUCAGGAAUUCACGGCGGGCGGGAUGGUCUGCGCGCCCAAUAUUGGUGACUGGGACAUGCUCAAACCCCCCUUCUAUACGCAGAUGGCCGGUGGCAACGCAUUACCCCAGUUCAGCGGGAGUUAUUCUUGA